AUGGCAAAGAAGAAGGCAACCGUCAACCGAGCAUCUACCGCCGGCGGGGCCUCGUCUGAACCCCAGACAGCAGCCGAAUCAAGGCCGCCAAGCCCACAACGAGCACAACCACCGCCGACGACACAAAUUCCGGCGAUGGUUCCUUUAGACGCACUGGCGGCGUUUCUAAGCCAACAGGACCCCAACAGAGACUGGGCAGCAACCCUAGCCGGAUUUGGCUUAACCGGAGGAGUGCCGGCGACAUCAAACCCUACCCCAACCAUAACCACAGAAAAUCCACCCACCACCACCCCAAAAACCUUAAUUCCGACGUCCGAAAAUAUUUCCCCAACAAUUGCUGCACAAGCAGAACCCUCCCACCCUUCUCUCACACACCAAACAGAGCCGCUGGACGUCAGCCCUCUUUCCGCCUAUCAAGAUCCCAACUGGGGAGAAACAGAAGACAAGAAGAGUGGAGAGGGAGCAAGCGAGAGCGAGAAAGGUGAAGCAGAGGAGAUUAGGGCCACUGAGAAAAAAAUCGAUGUAGCGGAGGAGGAGAUAGAUCUGAACGAGACGGCCAGGAAGCAAGGGAUAAUGACAGAGGAAGAAUUUCAAGCGGUUUUAGGCAAAGGGGAUAGGAUCGUGGUAAACCCUGAAGGGGUGGCUGAGGUACUGGACCUCGCAUCCCAGGCAGUAGGGAAUGAGGAAGCAACAAAGAAAGCGGAAAGGUCGGAAGAGGUAGCCCACCAGUCAGGGAGAGCGUACUAA